AUGCCUAAGCUGCGUAAGGCCGACCCGGUCGUUGCUUCGAAUACCCUCUCAGAUAGUCCGGACACCAGGAAACGCAAGCGAAGUGCUGCAGUCACUGUCGACGGGCUUGAAGGUGACCCCAGUCCGAGAAGCCAAAAGCGUGCAAAACCAGCUGAGGACCGCGCGGACCUCACACCGAGAACUUCUCGAAAGAAGAACAAGGAAGUCGCCGUGAGUGUGGAAGACGAAGUGACCUUUAAAGCCAACACCGCGGCGAGCGGCAAAUUGGCGCUCAACGAGGCCAAGGCGACUUUCAAGCAAAUCGAGACGCCCGCUACGACCACUCGCAAACGAAAAGCCAAAUCGAAGGUCAAGAAAGAGGCGGGAUCUGACUCUGGAAUUGAUGACCGUGGAGAAGACAAAAUAGAGCUGGACGAACCGAUCAAACCUAAGCGGAAACGCAAAACGAAGGAAGAAAAGGAAGCCGAAGCAAUGCCUCUUGCUGCCCGAACCGUCGGCUUGAAAAUGUACGUGGGGGCUCAUACGAGUAUAGCGAAGGGAGUGGAAAAUGCAGUCACAAAUUGUUUGCACAUCGGAGGCAAUGCAUUUGCAUGUUUCCUCAAGUCGCAGCGGAAAUGGGAGAAUCCUGCAUUAAAGGACGAGAACAGAGAUGCUUUCAAGAAGGCAUUGAUAGAACACAAAUAUGACGGACUGUCACAUAUCGUCCCCCAUGGGUCUUAUCUCGUCAACCUGGCGACAGAGGAUGAGGACAAGGCAAAGCAAUCUUAUGAUGCAUUCAUUGACGAUCUCCAUCGGUGCGAAGCCCUCGGAAUCCGAUACUACAACUUUCACCCAGGAGCAGCUGGACAGAGUCCUUUUGCAGAGGCGGUCACUAGACUCGCCAACAACCUCAACCGGGCAUUAUCGGAAACAAAAACUGUCGUUCCUCUGUUAGAGAACAUGGCGGCACAUGGCACACUGAUCGGAGGACGAUUCUCGGAUCUCCGAGAUGUGAUCUCUCAGAUCAAGCCUGAGUACCAGUCUCGGAUCGGUGUUUGCAUCGACACAUGUCACGCAUUUGCGGCGGGCUACGAUCUGCGCAGUCCGCAAGAAUUCAAGAAGACGAUGGACGAGUUCGACAGUGUCGUAGGCUUCAAGUACCUCAAGGCAAUACACUUGAACGACUCCAAGAUGCCGUUAGGCAGCCAUAGGGACCUCCAUCAGAACAUUGGCCUGGGAUUCCUCGGACUGCGCGCCUUCCACAAUGUCAUGAACGAACCACGCUUCCAGAAUCUGCCCUUGAUUCUCGAGACACCCUGUGAAGUGCCAGACCCAAGCGACCCCAGAGGAAAGAAGAUGAUCGACGACAAGAAUAUCUGGGCGACGGAAAUCAAACUCCUCGAGAGUCUGAUCGGAAUGGAUCCCGACGGUGAAGAGUUCAGGCGACUUGAGAGCGACCUGAGUGAAAGGGGCAAGAAAGAGAGAGACCAAAUGCAGGCGCAGUAUGAGAGGUUAAGAGAGAAGAAGCUAGAGCAGGAGAGGAAGAAGUUGGCCAAAGAGAAACAACUCGAGAAGGGGCAGAAGAAUUUGAUGGACAUGUUUACCGGGAAACAGGUCGUUAACGGUGCAGCAAAGGGCAAGAAGCCGAAGAAGCGGAACGAAGAGGACGGUUCGCAAAGCGAGUCAAGUAGUGAACUCAGCGACUUGAGCGACCUGAGUGAACUUGAGCGAUGA